AUGUGGCGGAGAUCGACGGCAUGGCUUCGGUGCCAUCCCCGGGUCACGCUCAGCAGCACCAGCCAAUGGACAGUAGCCUGUGUUGACCACCGUUGCGUGUCUGGAACUCCUGCCUGCCAGAGGCACCUCUCGUUGACGCCAUGGCGAAGCACAUCGUCGCGUCCUGUAGCUUCCUGGCCGACUGUUCCUCGUACGCACGCGUGUAGCCAAGUUGGAUCAAACGAUGUUAACGAGCGGGUCGUCCUGGCCGGCUGGGUCCUUGCGCCACGCAAGAUAUCGCGGCAACUUGCUUUUGUUCCUCUGCAAGAUGCCUCAGGCACCGUGCAGCUAGUGCUACAUGAUCCAGCUUUGGUCGAUGCUUUCGCGCAGGUGCCUGUGGAAAGCGUCGUGAGUGUCCAAGGCGCAGUCCAAGCACGUGCAGAAGGUGCCAUUAAUCCUGCGAUGCGCACAGGUGCGGUAGAGGUGCGCGUCGAGUCUUGGACACUGCUUAAUGCAGCUACCCCGACCUUGCCUUUCUAUGCGACGCAGUGUCGUGAGCCAGCUUCGUUACCAAAAGAGUCUUUGCGUGCAAAGCACCGUUACUUGGACUUGCGACGCUCAUCUCUCAGCGAAAAUAUCCGUCGCCGCAGUCGUGUCGCACACGCAGCACGUUGCUUUCUACACGACCAUGCAUUCACCGAGAUCGAAACGCCCAUCCUGUUGCGUUCGACGCCCGAGGGAGCGCGUGAGUUUUUGGUGCCCACAAGAAGCGCACCAGAGCCGCAGUUUUAUGCACUGCAGCAAUCGCCCCAGCAGCCGAAACAGCUUCUCAUGGUUUCUGGCGUGACUGACCGCUACUUCCAAUUCGCCAAGUGCUUUCGCGACGAAGAUGGGCGCAAGGACCGCCAGCCAGAAUUCACGCAGCUCGAUAUGGAAAUGAGCUUUGUCUGUGGACACGGAGACCAGCCGGCAUGGCCUCUUGGCGGAACAGAAAUACGUGAUGUGACCGAAGGUCUUGUUCGUUCUAUGUGGACUGCUGCUGCCCAACCUUAUGCAUUGCCGAAUCCAUUUCCCAUCAUGUCGUACGAGCAUGCUAUGACUACAUACGGAUCCGACAAGCCAGAUACCCGCUUCGGCCUGCGGAUCGCGAAUCUCAUCCCCACGUGCACGUCCCACGCGCUGGACAUUCUAGUGCUCCCGCAGUACGAAUCAUGCAAGCUAUCGGGCCGUGCAAAAGAGGCCCUUUUGCUCGACCAGCAUGGUCACCGCUGUGCGAUUGAGCACUUCAAGGCACAUCGCAGCGCGCCGGACAAACUUGCGCACCUACUACUGACCAAGUCACGGCAUGUGCACGACGUGAUGCACAGCGGCAAGUUGGGACCCGCAGAUCGUGCACUGGAUGUCUCAUCGUUGACUCAUACCCUGCAAGACGUGCUGCGUGAUGCAACUGCCUUUCGCUGUGACGGCGCUUCCGCACAUGCGCAUGGUGACAGUGACGAUCGCUGCGACGUAUAUCUAGCCACGCGCUCGUUGCCGAUCGACGGCGGAAGCACACCCAUGGGCGAUUUGCGGCUGCGCAUCGCCGAUGCACUGCCGAUCCGCUCUGCUGAGCCAGCGGUGCUGUGGAUCACACAGUUCCCCCUGUUUACUCGUGCAGAUGCUGACAAAGCCGAGGCUGCCCAUGGGCGAUGGAGCAGCUCGCACCACCCAUUCACUGCGCCGCUCGCUAGUGACGUGCAGCGGCUAUACGAGUCGGUGGCGUGCCGAGCGCCGGCCGAUCGAGAUGCUAUCUUGGCACAGAUCCACGGCCAGCAUUACGAUCUCGUGCUGAAUGGCGCAGAAAUCGGCGGAGGUAGUGUGCGUGUGCACGACCCCGACUUGCAACGCAUGAUUUUCCGGGACAUACUAGAGCUGAGUGACGACGAAGUCGGCCGCUUCUCGCAUCUCCUGCAUGCUCUUGAGAGUGGCGCGCCACCACAUGCAGGCAUAGCACUUGGGUUUGAUCGCUUCAUGGCAAUCCUGUGCGAUACGCUCUCCAUUCGCGACGUUAUGGCGUUCCCCAAAACGGGCUCCGGCACCGACCCUUUGUUUUCCAGUCCUGCUGCUCUCGAUGCACCCGAACAACGUGCGCAACUCGCUGCCUACAGUCUACAAGCACGCUCCGCCUGA